ACAAACCAAUUUUGGCAACAACAAAAUGUUAACACAAAGCACAAACAACACAUAAACACAGGAUUUCAGAUUUGAAGUCAAGAGAAGAAAGAAAGGAAAGAAAGCUGCCAUUUAAUUUGUAGUCGUAGUCUCCUUUUUAUUGGAGAGGAACGAUUUUUACACGUAACUGAGCCGCAGGAGAUUGACAAAUCAUGGAGGAGCAAGCGUGUCCCCGCUGCAAGACGACAAAGUAUCGGAACCCGUCGUUGAAAUUGAUGGUCAACGUGUGUGGCCAUGCCUUGUGUGAGAGCUGCGUGGACCUUCUUUUCCUCAAGGGAUCAGGAUCAUGUCCCGACUGCGGCGUGCCUCUGCGCAGGAGUAAUUUUCGGGUGCAGAUUUUUGAGGACCCUUUUGUUGAAAAGGAGAUGGACGUCAGAAGGCGUGUGAUGAAAGACUACAACCUCCGAGAAGAGGACUUUGCCACCUUGAGGGAGUACAAUGAUUACCUAGAGGAGCUGGAGACCAUUAUUUACAACCUCACCAACAAUAUAGAAAUAAUUGCCACCAAUCAACGAAUUGACAAAUUUAAGCGAGACAAUAAAGAGAUCAUUAGCAGAAAUCGUGCCAGGACGGGCCGGGAAGAAAUGGAACUUGAGGAGCUUUUAGAAGAGGAGAAGCAAGUCCACGAAAACAGGAAACGAGCCAUUGUGGAGGAAGAGUUGCAAGAGAAGCGGAAAAAGAUGCGAAACAAAGAGGCCUUGAUUGACGAGCUCAUGUUUUCAGAACAAAGUGCUGCUAGUAUUGUAGAGACAUUCAAGAAGAGGAAGCAGGAGGAGGAGGAAGAAAUAGAAAAGAUCGAAGUUGCUCUACCUCCUGUUGCUGCAACUCAGUUCUCUACAGGCAUCAAAUUUGGACAGCGAGUGCCAAAAGAUGGAUUUUUACCUGUUCCCAAGGAGGAUGAUACUCCUCUUUACAAAUACGAGCCUUUGGUUAUACCCAGAAACGGACCAGUUCCUCCAAAUUGGAAUGAACUUACGGAGAUGAAGUAUAUUGUGCAUGUCCGAGAAGCUUCUAAAGUGGAAAAGGCAGGAGGUUUCCUUGCUCAGCUGGCUUGUCUGAGGGCCCUCGAAGAAGCCUUUGAUGGACUUUUUGCCUCAAAAAAAUUAGUAGUAGGAGAAAGCUGAAAUUUGGCGUAAUUCAUUUUUUAAAUUUAUUAAAUUUCUGAAAAAUAAAUUUGAUUCAAACGCGAUUAAAUUGAGUCAUUUAUCAUUGAAUUUU